AUGAAAGGUAUGUUCGAAAACAAAACUUGGUGUGCUCAAAUGCUACUGAAUUCAAUUGGUGCAGCCAAUUAUAACUUGAUAUCGGCUCUAAUAUCACCAAAAAGUCCGACGGAAUCGACAUAUGAAGAACUUAUUGAAGUUUUUGAAACACACCUUUGCCCUAAACGAAACGUUUUGGUUUCUCAACACCGAUUUUUAUCAACAUACCAGAGUGAAAAUCAGUCAAUCGCUGAUUACGUCGCACUCUUACGUCAAGACAUUACAGAAUGCGAAUUUAUUUCACCAUGCAAAUGUAAAAUAUCAAUUGCGGAUAUUUUUCUGCGAGCACAAUUCGUUCGAGGUUUGCGUGAUAACACAAUACGUGAACAGAUUCUUCAAGCUGACGAGAUUACAUUCGAUAAAAUCGUCAAAAGAGCUAUCGCACUUGAAACAUCAAAAUUGGAUAGUUGCGAGCUUGCCAACCAAAAUUCGAUACCAUCAACAAGUUCGGUGAAUAAAAUAUCCAAACCGACACAAAAACAUAAAUCGACGCGAUCACGAGACUCAUCGACGCAAUCACCGAACCGUGCGGGGGCUUCAAAUAAUCGUCCUGCUUCAUCAUCUCGGAUUAAUGCUAGACAGUUAAUUAAAGGCCAAUGCUAUCGUUGUGGGCGUGAUAAUCAUAAAGCAAGAGAUUGUCGAACGGAUCCAAAUGCGUUACAAUGUACCGGAUGUGGUAAAAUCGGUCACGUUCAGAAAGUCUGCUUCAAAACACUACUGAACAAAAGAAAAUCAUAUUCAGAAGAUAAAAGUAAAACCAACCACGUGGAAACUAUCCAUUAUACUGACAAAAACUCUAACGACGAUUGCACCGACACAGAAUUCGGAAUAAGUCAAAUAAUUGAUGUUUAUCGAAACACUAGCGACGAACAAAAGUACAUUGUUUCAGUUGAAAUUGCGGGGAAAAUACAAAAAUUUGAAGUUGACUCGGGUACAGCAUUUACGUUUCUGCCGCAUAGUAAAUUUGACAGCCUCAACACGAACGCGAAAAUUCAACAAUGUGACGUCACAUUCCGAUCGUACACUGGUAACAUUUUCAAGCCUAUCGGAAAAGUGAGCGUGGAUGUAGAAUAUCAGGGCACGCGUUCGACUGAAGAAUUAUUUAUUGUACCAGAUGGGUUUGAUACACUUUUGGGGCGUACAUGGAUACGUCAUUUAAACAUACGUCUGAGCGACAUUGACCAUGGAAAUUGUGGCAGCAAUUCAGCAGUUUGGCAGGUAAUCGAGCAAAAAGUAGGAUGUAUUCCCAACCUCAAAGUAUCAUUAAAGUUACGUGAAAAAACAGUACCUUGCUAUUUUCGACAACGAGAGGUACCAUAUGCCUUGAGAGAUAAAGUUGAAAAAGAGCUCGACAACCUUGAAGAACAAGGAAUUAUUUCGAAAGUUCAAGCGAGCGAUUGGGGGUCACCCUUAGUCAUCAUACCCAAGGCGGACCAAACAGUAAGAUUAUGCGUUGAUUACAAACUCGCGGUAAAUAAAUGUUUAGUAAAUGAUAAUUACCCGAUUCGACAAGUUACGGAAAUUUUUGAUAGUCUACGAGAUUCGAAAUAUUUUUGCCGGCUCGACCUUUAUAAGGCAUACCUUCACGUACAAGUGGAUGAUGAAAGUAGUUAUAUUCAAACCAUCACCACGCACCGCGGAAAUUAUCGUAUGCAUCGCUUGUCAUUUGGCAUAAAGACGGCUCCAAGUGAAUUCAAUCGGAUAUUGGACCAAAUUUUGGGUGGACUUCCGAAAACCAUGUCAUAUUUUGACGACAUUAUUGUCCACGGCGCUACUAAAGAAGAAUGCAAGCUUAACCUCAAUGCGUGUUUACAACGAUUAAGACAAUUCGACCUACACCUGAAUAAAAAUAAAUGCUCGUUAUUCCAAGAAAAAAUAGAAUACUUGGGACACGUAGUGGAAUAUAACAAAAUUACAAAGAGUCCUGAAAAAGUCGCAGCGAUAAGGGAAAUGCCUCGACCCGCAAACAACGACGACGUACGCAGAUUUCUUGGCAUGGUGACGUACUACUCGCGUUUUAUUCCAAAUAAUUCGACAAUAACAUAUCCGCUCCGGAAAUUACUGCGUAAAGACGUAAAAUUCUCUUGGAACACUGCGUGUGAGGCCGCCUUCAUUCGACUGAAAGACGAAAUUGCAAGUGACAGAACGUUGACGCCAUUCGACCCUUCGAAACCGACUAUACUAUCAUGCGACGCGAGCCCAGUUGGUAUUGCGGGAGUGCUGAGCCACGUAAUCGAUGGACACGAGCGACCUGUAGCAUUCGCGUCGCGCUCACUAACAACGGCCGAACAAAAUUACGCGCAAAUCGAUCGCGAGGCUUUGGCUAUUGUGUUUUCAACGGAUCAUUUUUUCAAAUACAUCUACGGACGACAAUUUAAACUUAAAAUGGAUAAUAAGGCUCUUACGCGCAUAUUUCACGAAAACAACAAACUUCCUCCGAUUACUUCAGGACGAUUAUUACGAUACGCCGCUUACUUGACCGCGUUUGAUUAUCAAGUAGAGUACAAAAAAGGAAGUGAAAACACGGAUGCUGAUUGCUUAUCGCGAGCGCCAAUUCAGCAGACAAAGAUAACAGACGACAUCAGAAUAAAUCGAGAGGUACUUCAGGCAUGUAUGGUCUCAGUUAACGAAAUUUCAACGGACACACUUAAUGCAACUACAAUCAAAAAUGAAACGAGUAAAGACGAAACAAUUCAAGUUAUUAUCCGUGAAAUACAGACCGACGCGGAAGCAUCUAUUCAAUACACUUUCGAAGAGGGAAUACUAUUCAAGGGUCAAAGAGUAGUUAUUCCGAAAUCGCUUCAAAAAUCGACAUUACGCGAAUUACACAAAACACACGUAGGCAUAACGAAAAUGAAACAAUUGGCGAGACGUUUUGUGUAUUGGAAAAUCAUAGACAAAGAUAUCGAGAAAAUUUUGAGAAAUUGCGAAUCAUGCGCCGAAAUUAAAUCAAACCCGGCCAAGGUACCUCUGCAUCCUUGGGAACAGCCGGAUGAAAAUUGGGAGCGUAUUCACAUAGAUUAUGCUGGAGAAUUUCAAGGCCAUUACUUCUUAAUUAUCAUUGAUGCUAAAUCAAAAUGGGCUGAAAUUAAAAUUACGAAGAACAGUCCAACAACGGCUUCAACGAUAGAGCUAUUAAACGAUGUAUUCGCGACACACGGUUUUCCAAAAUACAUUGUCUCUGAUAAUGCGUCAAUUUUCGUGAGUGAACAAUUCAAACAAUACUGUGUCGAAAACUGA